AUGGCGUCGACCGCAUGCUCAAAGGCGCGGUUGCAGCAGCUGCAUCUUCUCUUCGUCCCCUCCUCUCCUCUGACCUCCUCUUACCGCGGCAGACCAAGUAGCUCAAGCUCAGGACUUUCGCUUGCUGUUACAACCACGACGAUGUGGUGGAGCCAGUCGACCCACUUUGCGUCGGUGUCUCUGCUUCGGGGUUUCCUCACAGACUGGGUCUCCCUGUUCUGGCACUGUGGAGCUGCUGCUGCUGCCAGCAUCUUUGCUGGUCACGCUGCGCGCACUGCGCUGCGACGGGCGGCGGAAGGCCAUGAACCGGACCGCGCCGUGGGUUCGCUUUCUCGCCCUCGCUCGCUCGCUCGCUUUACGUGUCGCAGCCGUCUGUGCUCGAUUUUGAAAGGACUCUUUCCUCCGGCACCGAGCCGGAUCGCCGACGCCACCGGUGCCAGUCUGGGUUAA